AAUUGUUUGCUUCCGACAGAAGCACCCUUCAGAUCCGGGAACUAGGUGAAGCUGUUUUGAUUUUUUGAGUAAAAUGUCGAGACUGGCAAAAUGGAAGCUGGAGAAAGCCAAAGUCAAAGUCGUCUUUCGAUUGCAGUUUCACGCUACCCAUGUUCCACAAGCGGGAUGGGACAAACUAUUCAUAUCUUUCAUUCCCGCUGACUCCGUAAAAGCUACAGCAAAGACAACUAAAGCACUUGUGAGAAAUGGGACUUGCAAGUGGGGGGAUCCAAUCUAUGAAACUACAAGGCUGCUUCAGGAUACUAGGACCAAGCAAUAUGAUGAAAAACUCUAUAAGAUUGUUGUGGCUAUGGGUACUUCUAGAUCUAGUAUACUUGGAGAGGCUAUGAUCAACCUUGCUGAAUAUGCUGAUGCCUUAAAACCUUUUGCUGUGGUAUUGCCCUUGCAAGGCUGUGAUUCAGGAGCUAUCUUACAUGUCACUAUACAGCUGUUAACUUCAAAAACUGGUUUCAGAGAGUUCGAGCAGCAAAGAGAACUCAGUGAGAGGGGACCAUCAACGACCCCUGACCAUAGCAGCCCUGACGAAUCUUCUCGUUGCAGGAUUUCACCUUCUGAUGAGACUCUUAGUCAUGUUGAUAAGACAACUAUGAGAGGGAGUUUCAAAGAAAAGUUCCGAGAUAAUUCUUUAGUGGAAGAAACUGUGGGGCCAAAUGACCUUGAUUCAGGAUUGGGAUUUGAUGUCUCUUCAAACACAUCGGGGAGCCUAAACGCUGAGAAGCAUGAUAUAUCCAGCACAAAUGAAAUUGACAGCCUCAAAAGUGUGGUAUCUGGAGAUCUGAGUGGACUUGCUCAGAGCCCGCAGAAAGAUAAAGACGGUCAUGAGUGGCAUCAUGGCUGGGGUUCAGACUAUAUUGGUAAGAAUAGUAAUUUGGGGAAUGCAAUAGAAGACAACAAUAAGCUUAAAGGGUUCUUGGAAGACAUGGAAUCAUCCAUUAAUGAGAUUAAGAUUGAAGUGAGUUCGCUGCAGUGCCAUGCAGAUGAUAUAGGUUCCAAAGCUCAAGAUUUUUCUCAAAUACUUAUAUCAGAGAUUGGUUCUGGGGAUCAUUUGGUCAGAGAAGUAUCUGUGCUGAAAUCAGAGUGCUCAAAGUUAAAAGAAGAGAUGGAGCGCUUACGUAACGUCAAAUCACACGUUCUAUAUAAUAGCAAAGACCAAGAUAAUGUUCCCCACAGUCUACAACUAAGAUGGCUGCAAGGACUUUUAGUUGUAGAGGAUAACAUAAGAGAAAUUCAAAACAAAGUUUGCUAUGGCUACCAUGACAGAGACUUAAGAUUGUUCCUCUCAGACUUUGAGUCUUUGCUUGGAGUUCUACAGGAUAUUAAAAGGCAGAUUGGCCAGCCUAUAUCUCACUUCAGCACAGUACCAUCUGAGAAAAUCACCAUGACCGAUAAUAAAGAGAGAGGCAUGUCGAAAGCAGAGCAUUUUGUUUCAGCCUCUGAGGUUGACACUGAUAUCUAUCAACCAGAACUUGAUCCACUUCAAUAUCUUGGUAUGCCUGAUCUUACUUCUCGUGAACCCAAUUCAGCAGAUUCUGUUAGUGCCAUGAGAGAUAAAAUACUCGAGCUUGUACGAGGGCUGGACGAGUCUAAAGCUGAACGUGAUAGCCUUACCAAGAAAAUGGAUCAGAUGGAGUGCUAUUACGAAUCUCUGGUCCAGGAGCUUGAGGAAACUCAAAGGCAGUUGCUAGUAGAGUUACAGAAUUUAAGGACUGAACAUUCCACGUGCCUCUAUAGUAUCUCUGGCGCUAAGGCUGAGAUGGAAACGUUGCGUCACGAUAUGAAUGAGCAAACACUAAGGUUUUCUGAGGAGAAGAAAACUUUGGAUUCUUUGAAUGAAGAACUGGAUAAACGAGCUAUGGCUGCGGAGGCAGCACUGAAAAGGGCCCGCUUGAAUUAUUCUAUUGCUGUCAACCAUUUGCAGAAGGAUCUUGAAUUGCUUUCAUCCCAGGUUGUAUCUAUGUUUGAGACCAAUGAGAACCUCAUUAAGCAAGCCUUUCCAGAACCUCCACAAAGCUUUCACGAAUGCAUUCAAUCAACAGAUGAUUCAAAUCCUGAGAAACAGGACACUCGUGAUGUAAAACUCACACAGUUUCAGAAUGAGAAAAAGGGGAUGAAGGAACGUCCUUUCAAAGGUGAUAUUAUUCUUCUAGAAGAUUUGAAGAGAUCUCUUCAUGUGCAAGAAAGCUUAUAUCAAAAAGUUGAAGAAGAACUCUAUGAGAUGCACUCAAGGAACUUAUAUCUGGAAGUAUUCUCAAACAUUCUACGAGAAACUUUUCUUGAAGCAAGUGUUGACAUAAGGAUCAUGAAAGCGAAAAUUGAUGAACUUGGAUGGCAGCUGGAGCUUUCAACAGAGGCCAAGGAAAUAUUGAAGCAGAGGCUAGAUAUUACUUUGGACGAGGUUUGCUCCCUGAAUGAGGAGAAAACCACAUGCAUUGCCAAAUGGAAUGCUGUAGCUUUGCAGAAUCAAAGUUUAGAGGCAAAUUUGCAGAAUAUUACUCACGAAAACCUCAUCCUUCUGCAAAAGAUUGAUGAACUGGAAUCUGUAGUGUUGGAGUCCAAGAAUUGGAAGACCAAUUAUGAGACAUGCAUUUGUGAGAAGAAAGAGCUUGCCGAGCUUAUGGAGAAAGAAGCAGUGGAAAAAGCUCAUUUCCGGUCAAGGCUUGCUACUGUGCAGGCUGAGUUUGAUGCUGUGAGAGGUAAGUUUGAUGAUCUGGUAACUGCAAAUGGAAAUCUACAGCAGAACCUCAGUAGUCUAAAGGAGAAGUUGAUAAACACAUUAGGCUGCUACAAUGAAAAACUCAUUUCAUUGCCCCUAUGGGAAGAGGGAGUGGAUCUUGAUUUGGAGUCCCGUGAUUUAACAGAGCAGCUUGAUAAAUUCUUGUGUAAGAUAUGUGAAAAAUGUUUCGUCCUUAUAUCAGAGAAUAAUGAACUGAUGAAAGAAAAAUCCAAGACAGAGUCAUAUUUAAGGGCUGCUGAGUCUGAUGUUAUGGAGCUCAAGCAUAAGCAUGAGAAUGAUGUACAAUGUCUGGUCACUAAACUAGAAGCUUCCGCUGCCCUCCUCCAGAGACUGCAGUUGGAAACUGAGUCUAUCAUGGACAAAAUGAAGGUUAUUACUGAAGCUGAGCAAAACUAUGAGAGCCGACACUUGGACUUUCUUUCUCGUCUUGACUAUUUUGAGAAUGAAAUGCAUCUACUUGUGUCCAAGAAUGAGGGACUUGGUCAAGAGAUUAGUGAAUUAAGCUCUGUAGCUGUUGAACAUGGAAGAACCAAGCUGCUUGUGGAAGAACUGGCUGAGGAAAAAAAUCUUGUUCUGGUUUCUCUUCAGGAUAAAUCUCAGGAAACUUUGGGUCUUGUGCGUGAGCUUGAAAAUUUAAAGAAAACGUUUGACCAUGAGUUGAGACUUGAAAGAAGCUCGAGGCAGGAACUAGAAAUUAAAAUGCAAGAUCUUACAUCUGAGUUGAUCGCCAAAAGUUCUAAAUUGAUGAGCUUUGAUGAGCAAAGCUCUGAGUUGGUCCGUCUUAAGAAAAGGGUUUCUGAUCUGGAGCUGGAGAAAGCAACUCACACUCAUCGUCUGACAAGAUAUGAAACAUCUCUGAGAAGCUUGACUCGUGAUUCAUCAUAUAUUUCCGAUUUGGAAUCUCAAUUACUUGAAAUGAUGGAAUUCUCAGUAGCAGCAGAUAUCCGGAUUGUUUUCACAAGAACUGAAUGGGAGACUUAUGCUGACAAGCUUCACAAGGAACAUUUUGAGGUACUGACUGCGUUCAAUGACUCUCGUAAUGUAGGAGCUCAGCAUAUGGAUGCUAAUAUAAAGUUGUUGGCAGAUCUUGACUCCGUAAAAUCAGAAUUGAAAAUUGAGAGAAGCUUGAGAAACAGCUUAGAGAGAAGAGUUGAAGAGCUCGCCUCUGAGUUAGAUGAAAAGCAUUUGUUGUUGGAGAAUUUUGAUUUGCAGAAAUCUCAAGUGGAACUUUUGGAGAAGAUGGUAGCUGAGCUGGAAUCUGAAAAGUCUUCUCAACGUUUGGAGUAUGUUAGAAAUGCUCAUCGAGAGUCUUCUUCUAUAGAAGAACUGUUUCAAUGUCUAAUGGCUACAGAUGUUCAGCUUAUUUUUACAAAGAUCCAGUCUGAGAUCUGUAUCAAUGACCUUGCAGAACAACUUAGCUACUGCUCUACGAGCCACCUUGAGUUACAGAAGAAGUACACUGACGUGGAAUCUGCCCUUAACCAUUGUCUAGUCAACGAAAUGCGGUAUAUGGAUGAAAACAAUCAGUUAUUGAUUAGUCUUGAAGUCUUAAAGUCUGAACUAGAGUCUUCCAUGGCUAAAAGUAGAGCUCUUGCUAAUAGAAAUGAUGAAAUGUCAGUUGAACUUGAAGAGCAUGCAACUAGGGAUGGGAAUGCAGAAAGAAGUUACUCUGAGAGAAGCUUAUGUGCUCCUGAGGUCGAGCAAUUGAAAUCUUUGUUGUUUGGGUAUGAAGAAGAAAUAGAAAAUUUGACGGUGUUAAAAGCUGAGGCGGAAAUUACAGUUGAGAUACUGAAAGAUAAACUAACUGGGCUUUGUGGAAAAGGUGCCGAUGAGCUUGAAACACUGAAAAAUAGGUGCAGUGAUCUCGCUCAGAAGCUCUCUGAGCAGAUUUUGAAAACAGAGGAGUUCAAAAGCUUGUCCAAUCAUUUGAAAGAGCUUAAGGACAAUGCUGAAGCUGAAUGCAAUCGUGCUCGUGAAAAGGCCGACUAUAAAGCCCCGCUAACUCCACAGCAGGAGUCGUUGAGAAUCAUUUUCAUCAAAGAACAGUAUGAAACCAAGCUGCAGGAACUUCAAUAUCAACUGAACAUGUCCAAGAAGCAUGGUGAGGAAAUUCUGAUGAAAUUACAAGAUGCCAUUGAUGAGAAUGAGGCAAGGAAAAAGGCAGAAUCCAGCCAAUUAAAGAGAACUAAAGAGCUGGAGGAUAAAAUAUUGGAAUUGGAGGCUGAUCGACAAUCUGUUAUCUAUGAUAAACGUGAGAAAACAACGGCUUAUGACAUGAUGAAGGCAGAGUUGGAUUGUUCACUAUUAAGCCUUGAGUGCUGCAAAGAAGAAAAACAGAAGCUUGAAGCUAUUCUGCAGCAAUGCAAAGAGGAGAGUUUGAAAAUGUCCAAAGAGCUAGAAUCAAGGAGAGAAUUAGUACAACGUUGCAGCUCUCAUAAAAAUAUUGAGAUGGAAGAAAAUGAUAGAUUAAAUAUUGUGGUGUCGGACUUGGCUGACAAAAAUACAAUUGCAGUCUCUUCAGGCGACUUGGUGAACAAUGAGCAAAGGGAAGUUGCUUGUUUGGAUCCUACAGUGCGGAUCAUCAGUCCCAGGUCAAAAAUUCAGGGUGCUAUUCAAUCGAGCAAUGUAAAUGGAAACAGAGACCAAUUACCUUCCGGAGAAGCAAUGGCGCUGGACAAAAGUGAAGAAAGCCUAGCUUUGAUCAAUGAUAAUUUCAGGGCAGAGACUUUAAGGUCUAGCAUGGAUCACCUAAACAAUGAGCUAGAACGGAUGAAGAAUGAGAAUCUACUUCAACCUCAAGAUGAUAAUGAUUCAGACACCAGAUUUCCAGGUUUGGAACAGGAGCUGAUACAGUUGCGUCAGGCAAAGGAAGAACUUCAAAGUAUCUUCCCUCUAUCUCACGAGAAUUUCAGUUGCGGAAACGCAUUGGAAAGGGUUCUUGCACUGGAAAUAGAACUUGCUGAAGCACUGCGUGGAAAGAAAAAAUCGACCAUCCAUUUCCAGAGUUCUUUCUUGAAGCAACACACCGAUGACGAAGCAAUCUUCCAGAGUUUCAGAGACAUAAAUAAUCUAAUUGAAGAAAUGCUGGAGACCAAAGGCCGGUAUUCGUCUAUGGAGACAGAGCUUAGGGAAAUGCAUGACCGUUAUUCUCAGCUAAGCCUCAAGUUUGCAGAGGUUGAAGGAGAGAGACAAAAGCUCAUGAUGACUCUGAAGAACGUAAGGGCAUCGAAGAAGGCUAUGCUCUUGAACCGUUCAUCAUCAGCAACUCUUGGUGAACAUUAAUGCACAGAUGUUACUUACCAUGUAUAUAAGCUCCAAGAAUGUUGAAUAAGUCCAAGUUCCAACAGUGGUCUCGAGUUAUAGAUAGCGUAAUAUAAUGGUUGCUUAUUC